CUCACGCUAGCUGGAUCGCUUUGUCAGUGUCAGCUGCGCGGUGACCACGCGGCAUAUGAUAUGAGCGCGGCGCGCGCGGAGCUAGCGCUGCCGCUGAAGCUGACCAAGUAAGGAGAAGUGACCGGAUGGAGCUGGAGCUCGGGCUCGCGCUGCCGACCCGGCACCGCCAGCCGCUCGCCGCCGGUCUCCUCGGCGGCGAGGCGGGUGCGCGCGGGACGAAGAGGGUGUUCGGCGAGGCGUUCGGGUCCGCCAACAAGGCCACGCUUCCGCUCUUCCUGCGCGACGACGACGACGGCGACAGAGGCGGCGGCGGUGACCGCGACGGCGUCGGCCAGCAUGACCCAAACACCAAGAAGACGAAGAGGCUGCUGGUGGGGUGGCCGCCGGUGAAGUGCGCGCGCAGGAGCGGCGGCGGCGGCGGGUACGUGAAGGUGAAGAUGGAAGGGGUGGCCAUCGGGCGGAAGGUGGACGUGUCCCUCCACGGCUCGUACCAGGACCUGCUCCGCACGCUCCGCCGCAUGUUCCCUUCGGCUACCCAACGAGGUGCGGGUGCGGGUGCAGAUCACGAGGAGGAGGAGGAGGAGGUGGUGGUGGAAGAGGUGGCCUCGCACGAGCGCCGCCGUCUGCAUCGUCCUUACGUGGUGACCUACGAGGACGGGGAAGGGGACUGGUUGCUCGUCGGAGACGAUGUGCCGUGGGAGGUCUUUGUGAAGUCAGUGAAGCGGCUCAAGAUACUUGCGCGGACAGCAGCAGGCGACGGCUUAGCUCACUGCUAGUAGCAGUA